ACGUCGACUCGGCGCUGCUACCCACUUUCCUGGGACAGCGACCAGGACACCUGCGCGUGAAUAUCGAUCAGCAUCCACCUGUCUGAUUGUACCGGCAAAACUUUCCAUGAGAUUCUGGGGUGAACACAGUUGAUUCCGAAUGUUAUCCGGUGCAACAGUUACCUCUCAUUCAUAGACGCGUCAGUUGCCAAGAUUGAUGCAAGAACAGAGAAGCAAUGGCAAGUGGUGAACAGGUCCGAUUCCCUCGACUGCUCUCGCUAUGCGUGAUAGUGAUAUUUAGAGGCGUUACAUCCAAUAUCGACGAUGGAGGCUACGAGGGAAUUAACUUCAACAGAUUCGACGACCGAUUCUCUCAUGAUAAAUUUUCACCAUCCUACAACGUGCCAUUGCAUCCCGUUGAAAAUCGUUCCUGGCGUAGUCCCGAAAAUCUUGGCGAGAUUACGGGAGUCGCAGUACAGCCAACAGGGAAUGUCGUGAUUUUUCACCGCGGAGAUCGAUUAUGGAAUUAUGACACUUUCAAUGAGAAUGCAGAAUACCAAGAGAAAUACAGAGGUCCUAUUCGUGAUAACACAGUAUUAACGCUGAAUCCUGAAACUGGUGAUAUUAUUAGUGGUUGGGGAAAUCAGACAUUUUAUUUACCACAUGGAAUCCAUGUUGAUCCCUUUGGAAAUAUAUGGCUGACUGAUAUUGCUCUCCAUCAAGUAUUCAAGUAUUCCGCUUCCGGUGUUCCUCAACUGGUCCUUGGACAAAGAUUCGAGCCUGGAAACGACAUAGAUCACUUCUGUCAGCCAACCUCGGUCGCGAUUUUACCGAGUGGCGAGAUUGUCGUCGCCGACGGAUAUUGCAACAACAGGAUAAUACUGUUUGACAAAAGAGGCAAUCCUAAAUACACUGUUGGCGAAGGUUGGAUUAAUUUAAGAAUUCCACAUGCCUUGACAAUUUUGCCAAAUCGACAAGUAUGCAUCGCUGAUCGCGAAAAUUGGAGGAUUGUGUGCAUGGAUGUGACGUUUUCCGGGUUGAGUCAAAAUUUGGAACCUCCUUAUUCGAUUCGUCACCGGCAAUUUGGCCGAAUAUUCGGAAUUGCAUCACACCGUGGUUUUAUUUAUGCCGUUAACGGUAUGACUCCCGGAAACAUACAAAUUAAGGGUUUCACUAUCGAUCCUGUAAAUCAUAAUGUAACCGAAUUUUGGAGUCCGGAAUCCUCAACUUUCACAAUGCCUCAUGCCAUCGCUGUAUGUCCGUACGGUAAAGCUCUUUAUGUGUCAGAAAUUGGGCCAAAUAAAGUAUGGAAAUUUGACCUAGUGACUAGGUAAAGCAACUAAUGUCACAGCAAAAAUCUGUCGUCUGAUGCUAUUUAUAAUUUUAAAAUGUAAACCAAAAAUCAAAUUCAUGAAAAUGUGAUAAUACACUAUCCUCUUCCAGUAUCUCGUUAAAUUGCAAAGUAUAAAAAA